ACACACUUUGAGCCCUCAGAGCUCUAUUUAUAUGACCAUAUAUGACUAUGAAAUUGGCUUCUAAGUAAGUGAGGGAGUGAACUCAACAAACAUGGUUCUGCUUGAGAAGCUUUGGGAUGAUGUUGUGGCCGGACCUCAGCCUGACCGCGGCCUCGGCAAGCUCAGGAAGAUCAAGCCCUUGGUCGUUAAAGAUUUGGAUGGAGAGGGAAGCAAAUACCAGAGCCAGAUAUCGCCGGCUACACCGGUGACACCUACAACGCCGUUUACGGCGGCGCGUAAGGAUAAUGUUUGGAGGAGCGUCUUCAACCCUGGUAGAAACUUUGCCACUAAGACUAUUGGUGCUGAAGUCUUCGACAAGGCUCAACCCAACUCUCCAACUGUUUACGACUGGCUCUACAGCGGUGAUACCAGAAGCGAGCACCGCUAAACAGUGGCGGUUGACUGGUGGUUACAUGUAAAUAGCGUCGGAAAAGGCUCAUGUUUGGUGAUGUGAACCUGGAUGGGCUUAUGAUGUGUUUAUGUAUUUACGUGUCCUAACUAGGUGUUGGCAUCUGAGCUGUCCAAGCAAGUUUUAGGUCCUUGUAUGUCUGCUGACACGAUCGAUGGUCGGACUAGUCCGCCGUGCUCGGCGGUGAUGGCGACUCAUGAUUGUUGUUUGAAUAAAAUGGUUUACUUGCAAUUAAAUAUAAUUAAUCAGUUCAGAAUGU